AUGAAAACAAAGUUUGAUCGCCUCGGUACAGGAAAAAGAAGUAGACCCUCUCCAAAUAAUAUUGACUUUAACGACCAGUCUGCUACAUUUAAAAGAAAUAAGAAAAAUAGCCGCCAACCAAGUUUUAAAGUAGGUUUGUCUUAUAACAGUUUACUGGAUGAUUGUGAUGAUGAAAAUGAAACAGAGGAAAUAUUUGAGGGCCGUGGUCUGCAAUUCUUCGACAAAGACGAUAAUUUUUCAAUAACAGCAGAUGAUACACAAGUAACUAGUAAAUUAUUUGAUCACGAUUUAGAGCAGACACCUGAUGAAGAGGCGAAGAAACCUAAGAAGGUCACGAUAAGGAAAUCAGCGAAGAAAUGUUUGAGCACGACCAUAUUACCAGAUUCAUUCAGAGGGGUUUUUAAAUUUACAGAAUUUAAUAAAAUGCAAUCAGAGGCUUUUCCUAGUAUUUAUGAGAGUAACGAGAACUGCAUAAUUUCUUCACCAACCGGAUCAGGCAAGACUGUAUUAUUUGAAUUGGCAAUAUUACGUCUUAUAAAGGAAACAAAUAGUGAUACCAAUAACACCAAAAUUAUAUACAUCGCGCCAACCAAAUCUCUAUGUUACGAGAUGUACAAGAACUGGUUUCCUUCCUUUGUGAAUCUUUCUGUUGGUAUGCUUACUAGUGAUACCUCUUUUCUGGAAACUGAAAAGGCUAAAAAAUGUAACAUAAUAAUUACGACACCAGAAAAAUGGGAUUUGUUAACAAGAAGAUGGUCCGAUUACAGCCGAUUAUUCGAAUUGGUCAAACUUGUCCUAGUUGAUGAGAUUCAUACCAUAAAGGAGAAAAGAGGAGCAUCUUUGGAAGUAAUUCUGACAAGGAUGAAUACAAUGUGUCAAAACAUUCGGUUUGUUGCUUUAAGUGCAACAGUUCCAAAUAUAGAAGACCUAGCAUUGUGGCUCAAAACUAACAACGAGCUUCCUGCAAAUAUUCUUUCUUUUGACGAAUCGUACAGGCAAGUUCAGUUAACGAAGUUUGUUUAUGGGUACUCCUUCAAUUGCAAAAAUGACUUCCAAAAAGAUGCUAUAUAUAAUUCCAAAUUGAUUGAAAUAAUUGAAAAGCAUGCCGAUAAUCGUCCCGUACUAAUAUUUUGUCCGACUAGGGCUUCAACUAUAUCAACAGCAAAAUUUUUAUUAAAUAAUCAUAUUUUUUCAAAAAGUAAGAAAAGAUGUAAUCAUAAUCCCUCCGAUAAAAUAUUAAAUGAAUGUAUGCAACAAGGUAUCGCUUUCCAUCAUGCUGGAAUUUCUUUAGAAGACCGUACUGCCGUUGAGAAAGAAUUUCUUGCAGGUUCAAUUAAUAUAUUGUGUUCAACUUCAACGUUAGCUGUUGGUGUGAACCUUCCCGCAUAUUUGGUCAUUAUCAAAGGCACCAAAAGUUGGAACUCUUCUGAAAUCCAAGAGUAUUCAGACCUAGAUGUACUGCAAAUGAUUGGGCGGGCAGGAAGACCUCAAUUUGAAACUCACGGGUGCGCAGUAAUCAUGACAGACUCUAAAAUGAAGCAAACAUAUGAAAACUUAAUUCAUGGAACUGACGUUUUGGAAAGUUCAUUACAUUUGAAUUUGAUCGAGCAUUUAGCAGCAGAAACCUCUUUGGAAACUGUAUAUUCAAUUGAAACUGCAGUAAAUUGGCUACGAAACACAUUCUUUUACGUUAGAUUUGGGAAGAAUCCAGCUGCAUAUCAAGAGGUGAACAGAUACGUUAGUUUUCAUUCCGUUGAAGACUCUCAGAUAAAUCAAUUCUGUCAGUAUUUGCUUGACACCUUAGUAAAAGUGAAAAUAAUCGAUAUCAGCAAUGGGGAGUACAAAUCUACAGCGUACGGAAAUGCAAUGACGCGACAUUAUAUAUCCUUUGAGUCGAUGAAACAAUUCAUUAACGCAAAAAAAUUUCUAUCAUUACAAGGGAUACUAAAUUUACUGGCCACUUCUGAAGAGUUUUCAGUUAUGAGGGUGAGGCACAAUGAAAAAAAAUUGUUCAAAGAAAUCAAUUUAUCGCCACUUUUGAAAUAUCCAUUUUUAACCGAGAAGAAACAGAGCCAAAUAAUUGACAGGGUUAGUCAAAAGGUUUCUCUUUUGAUUCAAUAUGAGUUAGGUGGGUUAGAAUUUCCAUCAUACGAAGGCGCUUCUAAACUACAUCAAACUCUUGUUCAGGAUAAAUUCCUCGUUUUUAGACAUUGUUUUAGAUUACUAAAAUGCAUGGUAGACACAUUUAUUGAAAAAAGUGAUGGAACAUCACUGAAAAAUACUUUGUUCUUACUGCGAAGCCUGAAUGGUCACUGCUGGGAAAACACGCCAAUGGUUCUUAGGCAAUUGAAAACAAUUGGACUAGUUUCAGUAAGAAGGCUAAUACGACAUGGAAUUACCAAUCUAGAAGAAAUGGGGCAUUUGUCAGAUACUCAGAUUGAAUACUAUCUUAACCUCAAGAUUGGAAACGGCAUAAAAAUUAAAAACGACAUUUCUUUGUUGCCUUGUCUGAAUAUUAGAACAAAACUAGAAAAUUGCAAAAUAGAAAAUGAAGAGUUGUGGUUGACAUUUAAAGUUGAGAUUAGUGCAACAUUCAAGUCUAGCAUUUGGCAUGGUCAGCACCUCUCAUUAGAUAUCGAAACCGAGAAAAGCUCAGGAGAGUUAAUCGACUUUAGAAGAUUGCAAGUUAACAAACUACAGUCACCAAGGGGCUUUAGAAUUUCAGCAAAAAUAUCACCAAAACUAGAAAAAAUAGAAUUCUCAAUUCAUUGCCAAGAAAUCGCCGGACUCGGCAAAACAAUCGUAUAUUCCACUGAUCAUUUGGCAUCACAGUUCUCUGCGAAGACACCAAAUAUAAGGAAAGAUCUAAAUAGUUUAGAAAAAUGCCUCUUCUAUGAAAGCAGUAGUGACGGAGAAGUGGGGAAAACGUCUAGGGUUUCCCAUAAAGAUGGAUUAGAAGAAUCGCUAUCCUCAGAUGAUAGUAUACUAGAUUAUUUGAAUGAAAGGAAGAAAUCAUCAAAGGCGGUUGAAUCUGCAGCAGUUAUUCACCCGGAGGCACACUCUUCUUCACAUUUUAGUAAUGGCCGCCAAGUAAGAUCUAAUGGCAAUUACGAGUGUUUUCAUAGCUGCAAAGACAAAACGCAAUGCAGACAUUUAUGUUGUAAAGAGGGUAUUCCAGUAAAGUAUAUAAAAGAAAAAGGACCCUCCUCAAUCAAGCCAGUAUCAAAACCUGAUCAAAUACGCCAGCCACUGCUUGCAAAAAAUAUCAACACAACCCCUCACCUGGAAAAAAGACUGAAUAGUAAACCAAAGCAGUGGCAAGAAGAAAAUACAGAUAUUGCGACAGUUCAUACACUUCCUUCAAAAAUUUAUAAUCUAUCGCAACAGAUGUCGUCUAUGGAAGCGGGUGAACAAGUCCUAAAAUCAGGCCCCGAAAACUGCCCUGAAAUAAUUCCUAUUGAUCUUGAAUCAUCCGAUAGUUAUUCUAGUAAUACAGCGGCGAGCUCAAUAAGUGAUCCGAAUGGUGAUCUGGAUUUCUUGGGUUCCGAUAUAGAGUUUGAAUGA